AUGAAGACUCGCUCCGCGCUUGCUAGGCAUGAUGCGGUUGGGGUUGCACCACAUUCUGAGGGCGCAGCUACAAUGUCAGAUAGAGGUAAAGGUUACGUGGGAAAUAAAGGAAUCAGUAGCAGUCGCUGGAAAAAAAAGUGCAGUUCGUGGGUGAUUGGAACACAGAUUAGAAACUUCCUUAUCAGUGGAAUUCUUUUGCCACCUGUUUCAAAGUGUGUUCUGCUGGAUAGAUCUAUUGAGAAGCUUAAUAGCAUAUUAUGGAAUGAAGUGAAUCAUGAAGCUCAAAAAGCGAGGAUGAAUGUUGUAUCAGUGAGUGGCCACCUCAUACAAGCAUUUCGAGCAUCAGGGAGUAUGCUCCAGCAGUCUCCAAAGAGUUACGUUCUGUUUUGCUAUGCAAUGAAGUGGAGAUUACACAACACUCGAUCUCAGUCAAAAUCAAGAACAAAUCAGACUGUAGAAUCUGGACCCUUAAAUGAGUCUACGGACCCCAAGGAGAUGCAGAAAAAAUGUUCAUGGACGAGAUUAAAUGGCGCUCAGACCUACAACGCAACCAAAAUGGCUGCUACUCAGAGAUUUCAAUUUAAUCUACAGAGCCAGGGACAAGAACAACACAAUUGUCAACCGCACCUUCAAAUCAGUGCUGGAUGA